UGUGGCUCUCAGCCGCGGCCGGCCGCCGCGCUCCAGUCCUGAGCAGCCCAGGUGUGGCUGAGCUCGGCGGGGAGGACGCCCGGAGAUCCGGGAGCGGAGCCCCGAGAUGGUAGAGACUACCCAGGUGAGCUGUCCCGCAGAGGAAACUUGACUUGCAGCAGAUGAGGAGACCUCAGGGAGUAACUUCAGAUGCGCUACUCCCCUGCCGGGUGACGCGGUGGUCUUUGCGGAUGUGGCUGUGAACUUCACCCCAGAAGAGUGGGCUUUGCUGGAUCGUGGUCAGAGGAGGCUCUACAGAGAUGUGAUGCUGGAGACCUGCAGGAACCUGGCCUCACUGGUUUGUCCCAGUCAGGAUAAAAGGAGUGCAUCGAGGACGCAGUGGAAUAUUUUGCAGAAUGAGUUACCCAGUGAAGAGAAAAUAGUCAUAUUUGCAAGAAAUGAUUCGUGUUCUGUUUUUGGAGAAAACCGGAAAUUUCAUAGCAGUGGAGAUCAGACCCAAACCCAGGAAGGGCAUUUGAGAAGUCAUUUGGUGGAGCGUGUCUGUGAAAGCAAUGAAGGUAAUCAAUGUGGAGAUACCGUAAACCAAAUUACUAGUUUUACUGUGCAUGAGGAAUGUACUACUGGAGAUAAAUCCUGUGAAUGCAUUAAGUGUAGAGAAACCUUCACAGAUGGUUCUUUCCCUGAGAACCCAGGAAGAUCUCAUCCUGGACACACACCUAGUCCCUGUGAGGAAUGUGGGCCAGCCUGCAGGUGUGUCUUGAGCCGCAUCACUCACUUGGACGCAGACCUUGUAGAGAAACCCUAUGAACAUCGUGAACAUCAGGACUCUGGCACAGCAUUUAAGAGAUACUUGAAGAAUCUCAGCAGUAAAAAAUCUUUAGAGUGCAAGAAAUGUGGAAAAGUUUUCACUCGCACCUCAUCCUUUCAGGAUCAUGUGCAAGGUCACUGUGGACAGAAUGUCCGUGUGUGUGAUGUAUGUGGGAAAGCUUUUAUGUAUAAUUCUGAUCUUACACGUCAUGUGAGAACUCACACUGGGGAGAGACCAUAUAAAUGUGUGGAGUGUGGGAAAGCCUUUAGGUCUACUUCAAGCCUGCAAAGACAUGUGGGGACACACACUCGGGAAGAACCCUAUAAAUGUCAGCAGUGUGGGAAAGCCUUCCCUGAUCACUACUCCCUUGAAGAACACAUGAGAAGACACAAAGAGGACAGACCCUUGGAAUGUAAGGAGUGUGGGCAAAGUUUCAGGAAGCAUCUACCUUUUGAACGUCACAUGACCACACACAAUGUAGUGAAACCCUAUGAAUGUAAGGAGUGUGGCAGAGCCUUCAGGUAUCACACAGCCCUUGGAGUACAUAUGAAGACACAUACUGGGGACAGACCCUACAAAUGUAAGGAGUGUGGGAAAACUUUCCGGAAGUGUGAACAUUUUAAACGUCACAUGACCACACACAGUACUGUGAAACCCUAUGAAUGUAACCGGUGUGGCAGAGCCUUCCGGGAUCACACAGACCUGCGAAUACAUAUGAGGACACACACUGGGGAAAGACCCUAUGAAUGUCAGCAAUGUGGGAAGACCUUCAGAUAUCUUGGAAAUCUGCGAGAACAUGUGACAACACACACUGGGGAGAGACCAUAUGAAUGUCAACAGUGUGGGAAGACCUUCAGGUAUAACUCAUGCCUGCGAGAACACAUGAGGAAACACACUGGAGAGAGACCCUAUAAAUGUCAGCACUGUGGAAAAGCCUUCAUUCGUCACCACACCCUUGUAGUACAUACUGUGAGAAGGCACACAGAGGGUGGACACUUGGAAUGUAAGGAGUGUGGUGAAACUUUCAGAAAGCAUCGACCUUUUGAACGUCACAUGGCCACGCACAAUGUCCUGAAACCCUAUGAUUGUAAGGAGUGUGGCAGAGCCUUCAGGUAUCACAGAGACCUACAAGUACAUAUGAGGACACACACUGGGGAAAGACCCUUUAAGUGUCAGCAGUGUGGGAAAGCCUUUAAGUCUCCUGCAAACCUUCGAGCACAUAUGAGGACACACACUGGGGAAAGCCCCUGUGAGUGUCAGCAGUGUGGGAAAGUCUUCUCGACUCCUGGAAACCUGCGAGUACAUAUGAGGACACAUACUGGGGAAAGACCCUGUAAAUGUGAGCAGUGUGGGAAGGACUUCACAACUCCUGGAAACCUGCGAGCACAUAUGAGGACACACAGUGGAGAACGACCAUGUAAAUGUCAGCAGUGUGGGAAAGCCUUCAGCUCUCCUGGAAAUCUACGAGCUCAUGUGAGGACACACAAUGGGGAAAGACCCUGUAAAUGUCAGCAGUGUGGGAAAGCCUUCACCUGUACUGCAUCCUUACGAGUACAUAUGAGGACACACACUAGAAAGCAACCCUAUGAAUGUCACAACUGUGGCAAAGCCUUCAGGAGUCCAUCACACCUGGAAGCACACAUGCGGACACACACUGGAGAGAGACCUUUUAAGUGUAUAGAGUGUGGGAAAGCUUUCAGUCGGCCUCAGUGUUUUCAAGAUCAUUUAAAAACGCACAGCACAAUUAAACCCUAUGAAUGCAUGGAGUGUGGGAAAGCAUACAAGUUUCCCUCAUCCCUUCGAGUGCAUAUGAAGAAACACACUGGGGAGAGACAUUCACUCGUCACCACUCCCUUCAAGAACACGUGAGGAUGCGCAGUGGACAGUAUCCCUCUGAAUCUAAGGACUCUGGUAAGAUUUUCCAGUGUCCCAUAGACAUGUAAGUACGUGUGAUGACACAGGGCAGAACCAUAAGAAUAUCUGCACUGUGAGAAAGCCUUCCGUUGUCCCUCUUCUCUUCGAGGACAUGUGUGAAAGCACAGUGAUGUGAAACCCUAUGAACUUAAGAACCAUGGAAAAGUCGUCAGGUACCUCAUCAAUCUAGGAGCACAGACCCUGUGGGAAAGCAUUUAUUCUCUCUAAAAUCAUUUUUAAAAUGAGAGCCAAUACCUGGAGAUGAACCUGAAUGGACACAAUUUUGGUAAAUCUUCUGGUAUCAACUUUAUGUAUUUUGUUCAUGAAAAUGUUAGUGGGGCAGAAAUUGUUUCAUUGUUAUAAACAUGGUUUUGUUUUUGCAAGUGCCUCUUCCUUGGUAGAGAUGCGAAGUGUCUUACUCCUAGUUCAUGUCGCUGAUAUGAACACUUAAUGGUGGUAAGUCCUCUGCAUCUGUACCACAUAGACUUUGUUAUCUCGGACGUGGAGUAAUCACAUGGUUAUGUAAAACAUGUCUCUUUUCCAUUACAGUGUCUCUUGGACUCAAGUUGAUAAGAAUGUGUCUGUGGGAGGGGUAUGUGCAUACAACUUUAUAUAAAGUUGUAUAUAAGUAUACAAAAACUUUCUUAUGCUCACAUUCCAAAAUUUUCUUAAUGUAUGAUCAUCACAUGAGACUUUUAUUGUUGCAAGUUCUUUUCUGUUGUCUUUUGCAGAUACUGGAAUUUCCUGACUCUGUAUCACCUCUACAUUUCAGUCUUCAUUAUUGAAACACAUGUUUUCACAUAAAUUUUCUCUUUUUAUUGAAUGAAAAGUUAAAUUUCUGAUGUUGGUUUAUCUUUUCUGAGAGGCAUUUUUGGUGUCUUUGGUCGAUUUUGUUCUAAAUGUGACUUGGAAGAACAUGCCUUUUGAAAGAACAUGCCUUUUGACCAUGACUCUGGAUUGCUUUUUUUUUUUUUUUCAUGAUCAGUGAUUGUGGUAGAAAUAUCAGUGAGGUGCUUUUUUUGGCCCCAGGAGGUCAAGUCUGCUGUGCAUAGUGCCAUUAAUAUCAGCUAGAACUCCUGCCAAAAUACGGCAUAUGGUAAAUUUUAAACAUAGGAGCCUCUUCAGUUUUAUCCACAUUGGAUCUAACAACAUUUCAUUAUUUCCAUAAUAUUCCAUAGUCCUGAGGUACCCCAAAGGCAUACCAGUUGGACUAAAUGUUUGUGUUUUUACCGUUGGCAAAAGUAGGGUGUAUAACUCAUCCAUCAAAUGGAAAAGUAUUGUUGUCUCAGUACCUUCAAAAGAAUUUGCAGGGUGCUUGGAUGACUAGGUCAGUGGAUUGUACAACUCUUGGUCUUGGUGUUGUGGGUUUGAGACCCACAUUCUGUGUAGAGAUCAUGGAAAAUAAAUCAAAAAAUAACAUCUUAAAAAGAAAAAGGAUUUGCAGUAGCACACCCAAGAUAAUAUUUACCACUUUCAUCUUUUUUGAAAUACCCACUAGUAAACUAUGAAAAAAACUUUCUUCCUGGGGCGCCUAGGUGGCUCAGUUGUUAAGUGUCUGCCUUCGGCUCAGGUCAUG